AUGGGUACGUUCAAGAAGGAAAAGCAAAGAAGAGUUCGUGAGGGCAACGUCAAGGAUGGUAACCUUCGUGUGAAGGGUGAGAAUUUCUACCGUGAUUCCAAACGUGUGCAGUUUUUGAACAUGUACAAAGGUGGUCGUUCAGUGCGUAAUGCGAAGGGUGAUAUCAUUAAGGCUGCUCCUUUGCAGGACACAGCAGCCCCAACUGCACGUGUUGCACCAGAUCGUAGAUGGUUUGGUAACACUAGAGUUAUCUCGCAAGAUUCGCUUUCGCAUUUCCGUGAAGCUCUUGGAGACAACAAGAAAGAUUCUUAUCAGUUUUUGUUGAGAAGAAACAAGCUUCCGAUGUCAUUAUUGGACGAGAAGGACACCACAGAGUCUCCCACCGCUCGAAUUUUAGAGACUGAACCUUUUGAUAAGACGUUUGGUCCAAAGGCGCAAAGAAAGAAGCCUAGAGUUGCUGCAUCAUCUCUUGAAGAUUUGAUUUCUAGCACGGAAAACGAUAACAAGACAUACGAAGAGAAGCUAGAGUUGGAUUCUACGUUAGGUCUCAUGGGUAAACAAGAAGAAGAAGAUGGUUGGACCCAAAUGACUAAAGAAGCCAUUUUCCACAAGGGUCAAUCCAAACGUAUUUGGAAUGAAUUAUACAAGGUCAUUGAUUCUUCUGAUGUGGUUAUUCACGUUUUGGAUGCUAGAGAUCCAUUGGGAACGCGUUGUAAGUCUGUGGAGGAAUAUAUGACAAAGGAAACUCCUCACAAGCAUUUAAUAUAUGUGUUGAACAAGUGUGAUCUUGUUCCUACAUGGGUAGCGGCUGCAUGGGUAAAACACCUCUCUAAGGAACGUCCUACUUUGGCGUUCCAUGCAUCAAUCACAAACUCUUUCGGUAAGGGUUCUUUAAUUCAAUUGUUGCGUCAAUUCUCUCAAUUGCAUAAGGACAGGCAUCAAAUCUCGGUGGGUUUUAUCGGUUACCCAAAUACCGGUAAAUCAUCUAUCAUUAAUACCCUAAGGAAAAAGAAGGUGUGUCAGGUUGCUCCUAUUCCUGGUGAAACCAAGGUGUGGCAAUACAUUACAUUGAUGAAGAGAAUUUUCUUGAUUGAUUGUCCUGGUAUUGUACCGCCAUCUAGUAAAGAUACAGAAGAAGACAUCUUGUUCAGAGGUGUCGUGAGAGUUGAGCACGUUUCUAAUCCAGAACAAUAUAUUCCAGGUAUCCUAAAACGUUGUAAAAGACAGCAUUUGGAGAGAACUUAUGAAAUCUCUGGGUGGAAGGAUUCUGUAGAUUUUAUUGAAAUGAUUGCCAGAAAGCAAGGUAGACUAUUAAAGGGUGGUGAACCGGAUGAAAGUGGUGUAUCAAAACAAAUUUUGAACGAUUUCAACAGAGGAAAAAUCCCUUGGUUCGUUCCACCUCCUGAAAAGGACGAGAAGGCUGAUUCAAAGGAUGACGGCAAGAAGCGUUCUUCUAGUGAGAAGGAUGAGCAAGAAGAGAAGGAAGCGGAAAAAGACACUGAGAAAGAACAAGAAGAAGAACCAGUCUUGAAAAAGGCUAAGAAAGACUGA